AUGUAAUUUCCUGUUGUUGAGUGUUCUCACUCAGCCUCCCGGGUCACUGUCCUUUGGCCGUUUUAACCGUUACCGCCUCGACUUUGAUGUAUUCCCGGCGGCCGCAGAAUUUCAGCGAGGGCCUGGAGGCUCGGGGUUGCGAGGAUGUGCCGGCGGCUGCGGGCGGAUAUGGGAUGCCGACAAGGUCAUGGGACUGCAGCGAUCCCUGGGCAUCUGAGAGCCGGUACCGGGCUCCGCCACCUGGGCCUUGGGGGGAAAGGCAGGCGGCGGCGGCGGCGACACCACCAGCCAGCGGUAAUGCGGCGGCUGCUCCAGAAGCAGGGGCUGGAUCCACUGAUCAAUUAAAUAGAUUUGCAGGGUUCGGUGUUGGCCUUGCAAGUCUCUUCACAGAAAAUGUGUUGGCUCAUCCCUGUAUUGUUUUUCGGCGUCAGUGCCAGGUCAAUUAUCAUGCAAAAAAUUAUCAUCUUACUCCUUUCACGGUUAUAAAUAUUAUGUACCAUUUCAGCAAAACUCAGGGAAUAAAAGGAUUAUGGAAAGGAAUGGGAAGCACAUUUAUUGUUCAAGGAAUAGCAUUGGGUACUGAAGGCAUCAUUAGUGAAUUGACACCACUUCCCAGAGAAGUUUCCCAUAAAUGGAGUCCAAGACAAAUAGCUGGUCAUCUUGUACUGAAAGGGUUGACCUGUGUAGUGGCACUGCCUUUUUACUCGGCUAGUUUAAUUGAGACUGUGCAGAGUGAAAUCAUAAGAGACAAUCCAGGAAUACUUGAUUGUGUAAAAGAAGGUAUAUGCAGACUGGUGGGAAUGGGUGUCCCUCAUAGCAAACGCCUGCUUCCUCUGGGAGUUCUAGUCUUUCCAACUGUCCUGCAUGGAGUGGUCCAUUAUAUCAUAAGUGCCAUCAUCCAGAAAUUUAUUCUGUUUCUUUUUCGGAAAAAGACACCACAUCAGCACCCAGCAGAUGCUUCUAAUUCUGUACAAACUGUGCUGGAUGCUUACUUCCCAGAACUUAUUGCUAGUUUUGUUGCAAAUCUUUGUGCUGACAUUUUGGUUUACCCAUUAGAAACAGUACUUCACCGCCUACAUAUUCAAGGAACCCGGACCAUCAUUGACAACACAGACCAUGGGUUUGAAGUGCUUCCUAUUAACACACAGUAUGAAGGGAUGAGGGACUGCAUUAAUGUAAUCAAGAAAGAAGAAGGCAUCUUUGGUUUCUAUAAAGGUUUUGGAGCAGUUAUAGUACAGUACACAUUGCAUGCUGUUGUGCUGCAGAUUACUAAAAUUAUAUAUUCUACAUUAUUGCAAAAUGCAACCUAAUCAAGGAGUUUAAAUGUCAUUGUAAAUGUUUAAAUGUAAGUAACCCAUAGUCCAAGUUAUAAGUUUCUGUAGCGCAUGUUAGAAGCACCAAAAUCAAAAGCUCUCAAUUGCUAAAAUUAAGUUAUUAACUUGGUGGACACUUACUUUUAAAAAUUUAAAUAAAUGUUUGUGAAAUUGUAAAGGUUGCAUUAGUUUAUGUAUUUUAACGUGAUGUAAAAGAAGCUGUUUCUAUUCUCAGCAUGGUUCUCCUUUUGAGAUAUCAUUUGCUGACACAAUGCAGCAUUAAGACAAGCUAGAUUAAGUAGGGAAUAAUGUUCCCUUUUCCAUCAGUACUUGGCCUGAAAUAAAGAAAUUGAUAUUUUUUAAAAAUCAUUUCAAUCUUUGACAGUAGAAUUAUUCCAUGUGAUCAAAUUUUUUAUUUUGUAAUUCAGAAGAUAUGAUCAGAUACAAUUAUCCCAUCCUUACACAUUUAUUUUAACGAAUGUUUAAAUGAUAAGGAAAGGAAAACUUUCUUUUUAUAAUUUGGCUUUGGCUAUGAUUAAAGGUGUAAUGCUUCAUUUUGUGCUACUCCAUGUUUCCAUUUACUUAGUGAAGUGUUGAUUUGGCUUUGCCUAAUGGGGUUUUAACGGUUUAGUUGUCAAAAAUUUGUAUACAGUUUGUGUUCACUUUAAAUAAUAUCACAAUCUGAUUCAUGAAAUGAUUGUUAAUGAAGCUUAAUAUAAUAGUGCCAUUUGUAUUCUUCAAUCAAAUUUGCUCAUUUUCUAUUUCUUCUGGACUAAUUGCUUCUCAUUGUGGGCUGAAGGGUCUGUUUCACAAGUAUAGUUGUGGUAGUUAGACGAACACAGUCAACGUUUGUCCAUUGUCUUUAAGAUGUUAGUUUUAUACUUAAAAUUGGGACAGAUAAUGAUAUAUUAACAACUCUCAUCUUUAGGUAUAAAUCAAGCAAGGAAAUUGCUUCAAAUUUGUAAUUUCAAUUUAAAGCACUAAGUCAUUUAG